CCUGCAGAGGGCGAUCAUGUAACACCAUCAAAUGAGCAAAACAAACAUGGACCUUGAUAUGAAAUGACUGCUGUUUGUACUUCCUGAAUCAUGACGGGUCAUAAAACUCAGUGGAAAUUAUUCAAGCUUUUUAAAGUACUACUGCUGACCUUUAUUUUAUCGCUUACGCUGUUGUUUCUUGUUGCAACAGUUAGGACGUUUACAUUUGAUGUCAGUGCGGGGCUUCAUUUAGGAAAAUGGGAAAAUACAAACACAAUUGCUCCUCAUUUAACUCCACAACAGAAAAAGGAUCUGCUGGCCAACUUCAAAGCGGCUAUUCAGAUUCCCACAGUUGCAUUUACGGAGACGAAUAUCAACACGGAUGCGUUGCGUGAGUUUGACGCGCUGCUGAGGAGGGCUUUCCCAAAGGUCUUCUCAUCCAGCUUGGUCAAACAUGAGACAAUAUCAAACUACAGUCACCUGUUUACAGUGUCAGGCACUGAACUCGAUCUGGAGCCAUACAUGUUACUGGCACACAUUGAUGUAGUGCCCGCCGAUGAGGCGGACGGGUGGGAAGCUCCUCCUUUCUCUGCUAAAGAAAUGAAUGGCUUCAUUUAUGGACGAGGGACCAUCGACAAUAAACAGUCUGUGAUGGGGAUCCUUCAGGCAUUGGAAUAUCUACUGGAACGCGGUUACACCCCUCGACGCACCUUCUACAUUGGUUUGGGUCACGAUGAAGAGGUGAAUGGCUUACAGGGUGCAGUGAAUAUUGUGAAGGCUCUCAAGAGUCGUGGGGUGAAGCUUCAGUACGUUUUAGAUGAAGGUCUAGCAGUGCUGGAUGGUAUCAUAAACGGUCUGGACGGACCUGCUGCUUUAAUAGGUGUUAGUGAGAAGGGUCAGGCCACAGUAAAGCUGACUGUUAACACUGCACCAGGACAUUCAUCAAUGCCUCCAAGAGAAACCAGUAUUGGCAUAUUGGCUUCAGCAGUCAGAAGGUUGGAGGAAAAUCCAAUGCCAAGACUGUUUGGUUAUGGACCUGAACGUGGCACCUUUGAACACCUGGCACAUCGGUUUGGCCUUCCUCUCAGAUUCAUCAUGUCUAAUCUGUGGCUAUUCUCUCCAUUGAUCAGCAGAGUAAUGGAGCGAAAACCUGAUACAAACGCAUUUGUGAGGACAACAACAGCCGUAACCAUGUUUAACUCCGGUGUUAAGGUUAAUGUCUUACCGCCGCACGCGGAAGCUUUCGUCAAUCUGCGAAUCCACUCGGCCCAAACGUUGCAGGAGGUUAUGGACUUGAUCGGGUCGAUUGUAGCAGAUGAGCGUGUGAAGAUCGAGUUGGUCAACGGGUUCGAUCCGUUGCCCAUCAGCUCCUAUGAUGAACGGUCAUUUGGUUACCAGAUCAUUAAGAAAACGGUGCAAGGCAUGUUUCCUCACGUCAGUGUGGCUCCUGGUAUUUGUGUUGGCAAUACUGACAGUCGUCAUUAUAAGGACAUCGCUCGAGACAUUUAUCGCUUUGCCCCAUCGUGGUUUAAACCAGGUGAUCCUCAGAGAUUUCAUGGCGUGAACGAGAGAAUCUCCAUUAAGAACUAUGAAGAGCUCGUGCUGUUUUACUUCCACCUUAUCCAGAAUAAUGACGUCAGGAAGUUGCCUUCACCUCACAGCAGCCAGCAUGAGCUGUAGGACUUUCGGCAAUACAAGACAUUAAGGUUGACACUCAGAGAUUUGUUUUAAUAAACGUAAAAUUUGAAUCUAUACAAAAUCAUUAUUAGUACCACUAUACUGCCCUCCGAAGGCUAAGUGCAGUAAACACUGAAACAGAGAAUUUUUUUUAAAGGUGCCGUAGAAUGUAAAACCGUAUUGAUGAUAAUUAAGAGUUAUGUAUGUGGUAAUAAAAUAUCGUAAGCCUCAAACACGAUUGCAUGCAAAAAACAGGCCAAUCUCAACAUAACACCGACUAUGACGUUACAAUCGAGAUGUACGCCCCCAACAUUAAAUUACACAUUAAAGGUGCAGUGUGUAAAUUUUGCAGUGAGAUUGUGAAUUGCAACCAACGGUUCAGGCCACCAUUCAUUGAAACACAUAGAGAAGCUACGGUAGCCACCACAGGACAAACAUGUUGUUGUCUAAAAAAGAAAUACAGUAGUGCCAAAACAUGCUCUGUACAGCAGUUUAGGGCUACUUUAGAAACAUGGCGGCACAAAAUGGCAACGUCCAUAUAAGGGGGCCCACAGCGUAUGUAGAUAAAAAGUCUUAUUUUAAGAUAAUAAACACAUAACUGUUUAUUAUGUAAGGUCUUUAUGCAUCACUGAUAAUAUAGUUAUGUAUAUAAUAUUGCAUUUCUGUCAAUAGAUCCUUCUUAAAGUUACACACUGCACCUUUAAAUUAAUGUUGCUACAAUGCUAAAAACAAAGUUGUGACUGCUGGGUUAGCGCUAUAUGCUAGUGUUUAGGCUAAAGUUCUACUAUUGACGUUACAGUUAUGUUUUGCAGGUCCAUUAUGAAUAAAAACACAAAAUCUGUAUCUUCUUCUGAUACAGCCUCAAACAUUUAAGAUCUGUUUGCACACACGCCGAGCUACUGAAAUAAGCCGCUCUGAGAAACAGCCAAUCCGAGCUUAACAUUAUAAUUCAUGACCCUUUCAAAUAAGGUAAUACUACUGUAUAUAAUACAUUGUAUUAAUGCAUUUUUCGGCACCUUUAAACUUUUUACACCAAUCAGUCAAACAUGUUACUGCAAAUUUUUCUGAAAUGGGACAAAUAUGAGCCAGGAGACUUUGUCACCAGACAAAAUAGAUGUCACAAAGCCAAUUUCAAGCCUUAAAGGGAUACUCCAGCCAAAUAUCAAAAUUACCCAAUGAUAUACUCGCCCUCAAGCAAUUUGAGAUACACAUGUCCAUCAUCUAACAGAUGAGCACAUUUGGAGUUAUUUUUGUAAUGACGCCAUUUUGGGCUAACAGGAGUUUUAGUGUAGUGAGCAUUGGUUGCCAUGGGUAUGUUGCGCAGUGACUCAUGUGAAGCUAGUCGGAAGCUAGUUAUUAUAGUUUAUAAAGUUUAAAAUAUGGACAUUUUUCUUACAAUAUUGCAUUGAUAAAAGUAUUUUGUGGGUAAUCAACCCAUUGUAGCUGUUUGGAUUAUUUCUGACUUUAAAAAUGAAAAUUCUGUCAUCAUUUACUCUCAUGUUGUUACAAACCUAUAUCAAUAUUUUAGUUCUGAUGAACCCGAAGGAAGAUAUUUUGAGAAAUGUUUGUAACCAAACCAUUUGUGAACCUCAUUCACUUCCAUAUUAUUAUUUUUUCCUACUAUGGAAGUAAAUGGGGUCCAUUUAAAAAGUGCAUGCAUCCUUUACAGAAGUUGUUCCCUGAUCCCUAUUUUCUCCCAUUAUAAGCUUGGAACUAAAAUACUAAAAAAACUCCAAAUGUGUUUGUCUGAAAGAUGAUGGACAUAUAUAUCUCGGAUUGCUUGAGGGUGAGUAAAUCACAGGGUAAUUUUGAUAUUUGGCUGGAGUAUCGUUUUAACUCAAUUUUGACCUAAUGUUUAGUUACUGUGCUUUACCUUUGUAGGGCAUAAUCAGGAUCAUCCUUUUGAGGUGUAUAUGUGUUAUAGAAAGGGGUCUUGGGACAUAUACAUUUUGGUGACGUAGAUAGAUUAAAGUGAUAGGUAAACAAAGGGCAUCAUUUCAGACUAUUCAUUCAUUAACCUGAACUCUUAAUGGAGUGAUAUCAUGAACAAGGCAUUGCACUGAAAAUAUUAAUGAUUGCUAUGAGUAACUUGGCUGAAAUAUAAAACUCCUUUAAAGUGACUGAUCACCAAUACAGUUGCAAGGGAGUAAAUAAAAAUGGCCAUUAUGAUGAUGGUGCAGAGGAAUGUUGGGCUUCUCUGCAGUCAGUAUAAAGAUAGAAAUCACAGCCAGUGUUGGGUAUUUUAGGGAUACAAGAAUGCAGUUUGAAAAAAAAUCCUACCAGUUUGAAUUGUUUGGAUUUUCUUUAUAUGUUUAUUUUUACGGCCUUGCAGAUAUGCAGUGUUACCGGUUUGGAUGAACCCUUUGUCUCAGACAUACCCUGAGCACUUCCUAGGUAUUCACAAAUGUGUUUUGCAUUUUUAUGGUUGCUUUUCAAAUGGUUGCAUUGUGGGCCAGCAGGUUUUUGUUAGAUUCAAACUUUCUAAUAAUCAUCUGCCUUAAAGACUGCAGUGCUUUAUUCCACCCUUAAAGGAAGGUAAAUAGUUUUAGUCUGGUGAAAGGUUUAAAGUGUGGGUCAAUAAACCCAAAUUUGCUUUUGGAGAGCAGUUACAUAAAGUUUGGUGUCUGUACUGAGCUAAACAAGAGUGCUUUUGAUUUUUGGACGUUAACUUGAAUUCUUAAUUCUGUUUUGCACUGAUCUGUACUGUAAUUUUGUAAUGUAUUGUUUUGAUUAUCUUAACAUUUCAUGAUAAAUAAAAAGUAGUUAAAAAACACAAA